AUGAAAGGAAAACCAACAUGUUUGAUUUGUAAUCAACAAGUUGCUGUGGCCAAAGAAUACAACGUUCGAAGGCAUUAUGAAACUAACCAUGCUAUGAAGAACCAUAAAUAUAGUGGAAAGUUACGUGAAGACAAAGUUAAGGAGUUGGAGCAGUCAUUGAAAAAGCAGCGGUCAGUAUUUAAGAGUGUUCAUCAAGUCAGUGAUGCUGCAGUUAAGGCAAGUUACAGGAUUGCCCAUGAAAUAGCUUUGUCAUCGAAGCCGUUUUCUGAGGGGAACUUUAUAAAGAAAUGUAUGUUGAUGGCUUCAGAAGAUAUUUGCCCGGAAAAACGUCAAGCAUUUGCAAACAUAAGCUUCUCAAGAAAUACAGUUGCAGAAAGAAUUGGUGAAUUAUCAGAGAAUAUUAACAGUCAACUCAAAAACAAAUUUAAGUCCUUUACUGCAUUUUCAGUUGCAAUUGAUGAAAGUACCGAUAAAGGAAGGGAUUUGCAUGAAUUGAAAGAUAAUGAAUGGGUUCAAGAUCUAACUUUCAUGAUGGAUAUUACAGAACACUUAAAUUACGUGAAUACAAAGAUGCAAGGACGCAAUAAAUUGGUGACAGAUUUUUAUGACUGCGUUCGUGCCUUUGAGAUGAAAAUUCAGCUUUUUGAACGGCAACUAUCAGAGAGUAAUCUUUCUCACUUUCCGACCUUGAAGUCCCUGCAAGGCACACCUGAGUUUCAUGCUGAUAUCAACACGAAAAACUAUGGAGGUUUAGCCACAACGUCAUGUGAGGCCACCUCGGACGAGAGCUAA